ACCAUUAAAAUCCAGUUUUUAUUGCUCUCUUUCCUUUCUGUAUGUAUCGUCAAAUAUCAACAUACAUUAGUACGAAUCUCUCCACUGGCCAUGUAAGAUGAAGACGAAGGAGCAUUCCUUUAUCUCUUCUCUAUUUAUUUGUCUUCUUUACCUUCCUGUCUUGGUCACUGCAGAGUGUAGUUGUGAAAAUGAGGUGUUGUCAAAGGAUACGGGCAACAAAACCAAGGCUUUGAAAUACAAAUUUGUGGCAAUUUCAUCAAUCUUGAUGGCCGGGGCUGUAGGAGUUUCUCUACCAAUUAUGGCCAAGAAAAUCCCAACUUUUGGACCCCAAAAUAAUAUUUUCUUUCUGAUAAAAGCCUUUGCGGGUGGAGUGAUACUUGCCACUGCUUUUGUACACAUACUUCCGGAUGCAUACCAGUCUUUUACUAGCCCUUGCCUUAGUGAAAAGCCUUGGGGGGUUUUCCCUUUCACCGGCUUUUUGGCCAUGGUUUCUGUUAUACUCACAAUGAUGAUGGAUACAUUUGCGACAAGUUUCUAUAAGAGUUCCCAUUUCGACAAAGCUUUGCCGGUGAAUGGUGAUGAGGAGAUGUUAGGGGAGCAUGAGGGACAUGUUCAUGUUCAUACGCAUCCCACUCACGGUCAUGCUCAUGGAUCUGCCGAAUCAUCUCAUCAUCUUAUGAUCACCCAACGUAUUAUUUCACAGGUGUUGGAGGUGGGGAUUGUAGUUCAUUCUGUGAUAAUUGGAGUGGCAUUGGGUGCAUCCCAAAGUGCAAAGACAAUCAAGCCUCUUGUAGCAGCAUUGACUUUCCAUCAAUUCUUUGAAGGCAUGGGUCUUGGUGGCUGCAUCUCUCAGGCAAAAUUCAAGAGCAGAGCCUUAGCAAUGAUGUUAGUUAUCUUCUCCCUGACUACUCCAGUGGGAAUAGCAUUAGGCAUGGGAAUAUCAAAGAUAUAUAAUGAGAAUAGCCCCAAAGCCCUAGUGGUGGAAGGAAUCUUCAACUCCCUUUCCGCUGGAAUUUUAAUUUACAUGUCACUGGUUGACCUACUUGGGGUAGAUUUCAUGAACCCUUUAAUGCAAACCAAUCUAAAAUUGCUGCUUGGAUCAAAUCUUUCACUCCUUCUCGGGGCAGCUUCCAUGUCACUCUUAGCUAAAUGGUCCUGAUCUCCUAACUACCAUCCCUUGUUUCUUUUUUCCUGUUUGUACUUUAUAAAUAAAUACUUAUGGGUUGAUAAAGUGUGCAAUGCAAAUCCGAAUCCAUGACUUGGCUAUAGUGCAGUGCAAUGCUGUGCCGUUUAAUUUGUACCAUAGAAUUAAAGUUUCUGAAUGGAUUUGGCAUCUCAGUAAUGAACUGAGGUAUGCAAUGCUUAAUAAGAAAGCAGGAUAUUUUAAUCUCAA